UACAAAGCGGCUGGUGGGUUCCUUCUCUCUCCAGCCUUCUUGGGGUUUGCUGAUCUCGUGUGUCUGGAGCCUCUUCCUCAACCUCUGUCCUGGUGUAAUCUGCGCUGGCAUGGGUGUCGUGGGAAGAACUCAGGGAGACCCAGGAAAUCCAGAAAUGGACCCACUGGCCAUUGAGGAUGUGGUUGUGAUCUUCACCCUGGAAGAGUGGGCCUUACUUGAUUCUUCACAGAAGAAACUCUACAAGGAUGUGAUGCGAAAAACUUUCAAGAACCUGGCCUCCAUAGGGAAAAAAUGGAACACUCAUGACAUUGAAGAACUGUAUAAAAACCAGGGGAGAAAACUAAGAAAUUAUAUGGUAGAGAAACUCUGCAAAAAUAAAGAGGGUAGUCAGUAUGGAGAAAACUUCAUUCUUAUUUCAAAUAGGAAUCUAAACAAGGAAACCACUGGAGUGAAACUGCAUGAAUGCAGCACAUGUGGCAAAGUCUUCAUGCAUCACUCGUCCCUGACUAAGCACGUCAAAUGUACUGGACACAAAUGUUACAGCUAUCAGAAAUAUGGGGAGAAACUGUAUAGAUGUAAGGUGUGUGGGAGAGCCUUCAGUUAUCGCCAAUGGGCUGAAAAACAUGAGAGAAGUCAUAAUAAAGAGAACAAGUAUAAAUGUAAGGAAUGUGGGAAAACAUUUUCUGCUCCUGCAUCCCUUCAAGCACAUAAAAGGAUUCACACAGGAGAAACACCCUACAAAUGUAAGGAAUGUGGGAAAGCCUUCAUGUGGCAGACAGGAUUUCGGAGACACAUGAUAAUGCAUGCUAGGGAUUCUCCAUAUAAAUGUAAGGAAUGUGAUAGAAAUUUCAGUUGUUCCACUUCAUUGAGGGCACAUGAAAGAACUCAUACUGGAGAGAGACCCUAUCAAUGUAAGGAGUGUGGGAAAGCCUUUAGAUCUCACAGUUCCUUACAAAUACAUGAAAGGACUCACACAGGAGAGAAGCCACAUAAAUGUAAACAGUGUGGUAAAGCCUUCAAUUGUCCCAGUUCUUGCCGAAAACACGAAAGGGCUCAUACUGGAGAGAAACCUUACGAGUGUAAGGAAUGUGGGAGAACUUUUGGUGGCCUCUCAGGCAUUCGCGUACACAUGAUCACUCACACUGGAGAAGGACCUUAUAAAUGUAAGGAAUGUCAGAGAGCUUUUAUUUCUCCCAGUUCAUUCCGUGUACAUGAAAGGAUUCACACUGGGGAAAAACCCUAUAAAUGUAAAGACUGCGGUAAAGCCUUUAGUUACUACUCUUCCUUUCAGUUACAUGAAAGAACUCAUACUGGAGAGAAACCCUAUGAAUGCAAGGACUGUGGGAGAAGCUUCCUUCGUUACCAAACCUUAAAACGACACAUGGGAUUACACACAGGAGAGAAACCCUAUGAAUGUCAACAGUGUGGGAAAGCCUUCAGGUAUUACCUUCCCUUCCAAAAGCAUGAAAGAAGUCAUUCUGUAGAGGAAACCUGUGAAUGUAAGCAAUGUGGGAAAACCUACAGAGAUUACAGUUCCUUAGAAACACACAAAAGAACUCAUAAUGGAGAGAGACCCUAUGAGUGUAAACAUUGUGGUAAAGCUUUCAGAUGUUUAUCUUGGUUCGGGAAACAUGAAAGGACUCACACUGAAGGGAAACCUAACGAAUGCAAGGACUGUGGGAAGGCCUUCUCUCGUCCCCAGACCUUGAAAAUCCACAUGAGAGUGCACACUGGAGAGAAACCCUAUGAAUGCCAGCAGUGUGGUAAAGCCUUCAGAUACUCCUCUUCCUUCAGAAUUCAUAAGAAAAAGCAUCAGAAAUCCCUGGAAUGUAAGCAGUGUGGUAAAGCCUACAGUUCCUUAGAAACAAAAACUCAUGAGAAGCCCUAUCAGUGUCAAAGUUUGAAGAGCUUCAGGUGUUUUGAUGACAUGAAAUCACACAGGAAACCCUGAGUAGAAACAACAGUAGUUUUCUCAUUUAGGCUUUUAAAUACAUGAACUCACACUGAAGAGGAAUUCUGUGAAUUUAAGUGUGAUAAAGCCUUUGUCGCACAGCCCUUCGAAGAUCUGUGUGAUACACACUUGAGAGACACACAUGUAAGGAGUGUGGAAGGACUAGUCAUCCCAGUUCCUUCCAAAGUCAUGAGAAGACUCCCUGGAUAAAGAGGAGUGUAAACUGUGUGGGAACAACGUCUAAUGGUCUACAUCCUUACAUGUGAAAACUGGCCAAACAAAACAAAAAUAUAAGCAGAAUGAAAAAGCCAAAUGGAAAUUAAUCCAUGUAUAAUGUUCCAGACAACAGCACGGAAGAGUUGUUAAUAAAGUUGUAAAUAGCCCUGGCUGAGUAGGUCAAUUGGCUAGAGCGUCAUCCAGGUACACCCAAGCGGCGGGUUCAGUCCUCGGCCAGGCCACAUACGGGAAGCAGCCACUGAAUGCGUAAAGAAGUGGAACGAGAAAUUGUGGAUAUUAGAGGGACAAUAUUCUUAUACAAUGAAUAUGUACUAUUCAACAACAGUAUAAGAUUAAUAGGUAGUACUUUUUUCUUAAAUCUAUUUAAAAAUCUUAUUUGAACCUGUUGGAUUGAUGGGUGAGUUGAAGUGUAUUUCCAUAUGCAUUUAGGUUUAAUUUUUAUUUGUUUUGUGCUAAGAGGCCAUUGAAAUUUGACAGUAUGGUAUUUGUUGGGAUUUUCCUACUGGACUUGUGGCAAUUCCUGUAAAUCCCUAGUUCAUUAUAUAUAUUUUACCUUUUUUAGUGACAAGAUUUCUCUUGGAUUUCAAGUAAAAGAGCCUUUCUUUAUAAUUAUAAACAGUUGGAAUAGUUGCUAUGGCAAGUUUAUUAAAGAAUAUGGUUUCAUGUGA